CAGACGUUGCCGAGAUAUAUAGUAAGCCGCAGCUACAAUCCCCCUGAUCGGGCCAACUCGAAUCGGUGAAAGAAAGUGGAGAGUGAAAUUUUUGGUGUGCGCUCCAAACCGCUGAGACGAAUGCCGAUGACAAAACAAACGUGAAGCGAAACGGUUCGAAAUCGAAGUCGAAGUCGAAAAAGUGCGGCGGCCAAAGUGCCAAUUGCAAGUGACCAAGUGAAGAAAGUUGGUGUAAAGAGGAGACAGCGUUGAAGAAAUAUAACGAAAAAAUAAAAAAAACCCGAGGACGUCAUCGGUAAAAGUGAAUUUUGAUCUUGAUUAGCCGCCCAGCUAAUCCAAGGCCCAAUUUAAGCUAAUCCAACGUAAAACACAGCUGCUCGAAAUGAAGGUCUUCAGACUGAGUCUUCUGCUGGUGGUCGCCCUGCCCUUGAUGUGCCACGGCCUCCCCGCCACUGAUAAAUCCCUCUCACUGGAGGACACAGAUCUGGACAAUGAACCGGGCGAGAGUGUGAAAGAGUCACAAGUCCAAAAGCGUUCCGGCAGCUUCGACUAUGUGGCACACCUGAAAUCCGGCCUGCUGUCCGGAAUUGGCCAGGCCUCAGCAUCGAUCGCCUCAGGCAGUUCCGGCGGAAGCAGCGGGGGCGGGGACAGCUACAAGUCCCACGAGAUUGUUGUCCAUGGAAACUCGGUGGACUACGACCCUUGGUCAUUCAAGAAGUCCGUGCUGAACACCAUCUUCCAGGCGGUCAAGGCCAUCACCGGUGGGGUCACCGCACUCAAGGGUCAGCUGAUCAAGGGCAGCGGCUAUGCGUUGAGUGCGGGUGGCAACCUGGUGGCCGCCGGCGGAGACAAGGUCACCGACGUGGGCAAAUCGAUCAUCAACUCUGCGCACAUCAACUCCCAUACCUACGCCACUAGUCACUCCUCCGGCGGCGGCGGUCUGUUCUCUAAGCUAACCUCCCUGUCGGGUGCCUCCUCUGGCGGCAGCAGCGGUCACAAGGCCGUCUCCGCUCCCGUCCUGCAUCACGAGACGAUCACCACAUACGAGAUACCCACCGGCCACGCCAGCUACGGUCCGCCCUCGAAGCCGCCGUCCUACAGCAGUGCCACCCACCAGUAUCUUCCGCCGGUGGGCGGUGCCAGCUACAGCGGCGGAGCGCCCUUCAGCGUUAGCCACCCGGCGGCCUUCGAGUCGCCACCCAGCAAUUACCUGCCAUCGGCCUAUGGACAAGAUGCGGCCAGUGCAAAUAGCAAUGACUUUAACAUCUAUGGACGCCACACCAAACUGUCGGAUGAGGAAGCCCGCAAAGCGGCUCUGCAGCUGCAGGAAAUCCUAAGCUUACUGCCCAAUGGCAAAACCGAGUAUACUGCCUCGAAAACAGUGGCUUUGGAUACUAAUGCGCCCACGGGAACGGGCUUGGAACAGGCAGAGAUUUAUAAUAGCUAUGGCCUACCGCUGCCCAAUAACCUAGGCACCUUGGAGUCCCUGUCGCACACGGAAUCCAUAACUGCUGCCUAUAAUCCCGCCUCUAAAAAUCCCGCUGAUGUGUACCAUCAAAUGGCCAAGCGUCCAUCCGCUGAGGAACUUUACAUUCAGAAGCAUCCGAAUGAGGGCUACGACUAUCCACCACCUGCUGCAGCUGCACCACCACCACCUCAAGCUGCCGGGGAUUACAGGGUGGAGAAUUAUCAUGCCAGCAAGAGUAACGCCCUCAAGGAUCUGACGCCCAUUAUAGCUGCCUUGGAGGUGGCCAAACGGAAGGGUAACAGCCGUGGCACGGGACCCGUCUACUCCAUCGAGAAGCAGGUGCACAAGCAGUCACCACACUUCCAGUACCUUCCGCCAGUGGUGCAGAAGUCCAAGUACGUGUACAGUGCACCACCGAGCCACCAAGGGCACAGCGGUGGUUAUAAAGUGCGUCGCCACGUGGCCGGUGGCAAGCAUCCGAAGCGCGUCUUUCGGCCGCAGGACUACGAAAUACAGGACCCUCUGAUGUUCAAUCGCCUUUUGGAGGUCUAACCGGAUAGCCUGUAGUCCUUAGCUUAUAGCCCUCUAAGUCAUGUUCAGCAUUUACCUAUAACUUAUUUAUGUUCUCGUUAUCGCAAUCAUUAAUCGUAAUUAAUUAUUUAUUGAGCUUCCCAAAUUAGGUUUGCAAUAAAGCGAGCCAAAAAUAUUGCAUCCAAAAAUUUAAGCACAGCAUGCUACAGAAAAAUAUACCCAGCACCACCAAUCAUCCACUUUCUCCUCUCGCACACCCACUUUCCUGCGCUGUUGCACCACUCAAGUAUAGAAUCGGGAACCCUUUUCUCACCUCUCAUCGAUCUCUUUGCAGUCUACCAACAGUAGAGGACGAUGAGGAAGCUGUGGACCACGCCUAUUUCGUUUACAGCACAGUCCAUCUCCACGUAUCCUAGAGUUAGUCAAACCGUUCCUGCCUAUUCCGAAUCUAUUUGCUGUCACUCCCUAUCAUUCUAUAUACAUUUCUGAUCUGAAGAACCCGUUCUCUUCCCAGAACUGCAGUUCGCAUUGAUUGAACUUCCCCAUCUUAAGUUUAAGUAUUUAAAUUAAAUAAAUCGUUGAAUACAA